UUCUGGCUUCGUGGCUCAUUGAAUUCAUACGCCAACUAUUUGUCGAUAACGUUAAACUGCAUACGGGGGAAAAUGUAUUUAUUAGCCGCACUUGUAGCUGUAGUUCUGCUCAGUUCGGAGGUUUUUGGGAAAACUGUAACGGGACUUUUUAAGAGCGAAGCAGCGAGACAGCAGAAGGGCCAGUUCAUCACUAAAUUCAUGUACCAAGGUGACAACGGCCUGCUGGUGUGCAGGCUGGACAACUCUGCUCUGGCUACAGAGAAGGAGUCCAGGUUGCUGUUGUAUCGGGAUAUGGACUCAGACCUGGACAACCUCAGCUGCCCUGAGAGGCUCGCUAAAGCUCAGUUCACCAUUUCUCUCAAUCAAGAAGAACUCAACCACACGAUCCCUCAUCAGUCCACACCUACAGCCUGGCAGGCCCUGUAUUCUGACAGAUACACAUGUCAGGAGAGUGCAGUGAUACCUUCUUAUGCUGAUCUCAGUUUUACUGUCUUGCUGUUUAACGCCGACUCGGCGGGAAAUCCUCUGGAGCACUUCAGCGCAGAGGAGGCAGGUCUCCAAAGUUUCUACUUCCUCCUGCUGCUGGCCUACUUCGUGGCCUGCUGUAUCUACAUCAAGCCUCUGUAUCAGGCUCUGAGGAAAGGAGGUCCCAUGCACACUGUCCUCAGAGUGCUGACCACGGCACUGGCAUUACAGGGCUGCUCGGCUCUCUGCAACUACAUCCACUUGGCCAGGUAUUCCAGGGAUGGUGUUGGUAUUCCAGUGAUGGGCAGCCUGGCAGAGUUCUGGGAUAUGGUGUCCCAGGUGUCCAUGCUGUACAUGAUACUGAGUCUAUGUAUGAGCUGGACCCUGAGUCGAGGCAGGAAGCCUCAGUCCAGACCUCUGCAGUGGGAACAGAGUCCGGCAUCCACGGCGGUCGCUGUUGGUGGAGUCGUUACCCAGGGAGCGUUGCUGCUGUGGGAGCAGUAUUCAGAAGCAGAGAGUGAACAUCACAGCUACCACACCCAGCAGAGUCUGGCAGGUCUCCUCCUCAUGGCCCUGAGAGUGGCCCUGGCCCUCCUGCUGGCCUCUGUCCUCUAUCAGAUCACAUCAACUGAGAGGAGCACCCUGAAGAGAGACUUCUACCUCUGCUUCGCCAAGGGAUGCUUCCUGUGGUUCCUCUGCCACCCCGUCCUCUUCCUCAUGUCAGCUGUCUUCAACGAGCACCAGAGGGAGAAGGUGGUGACCAUCGGUGUGAUCCUCUGCCAGUCCAUCUCCAUGGUGACCCUCUACCAGCUCUUCCUGUCUCGUUCUCUCUACUGGGAGGUCUCCUCUCUGUCCUCAGUGUCUCUGCCGCUCACCAUGUCGAGGACGAACCACAGGGGGCGCUACUGAGCGCACCCAUGCUUCACCAGAUCAUCAUGAGCGAGGGAGAACAUGCUACCACACGGAGGCUUGCCCUCCGUUAAGCUCCUUGAGAGGAGGGAGAACUUCUGAGCGUGAUGAAGAAGCAGAGAAGAUGAGAAGUCCUAUUACUGUUUCCUGCAGACAGUUUAACAGGGAACUACAGCAUGGGUCACAGAAUGACCAGAGGAAGAUAUUUUCAGCAACACCCUACCUCUAGUUGCAAAGGAUUUUUGACUAGAACAUUACUGAGAGGUGAGAUAUUUAAUGCAGGGCUACCUAGAGAGGGUGCUCCAGGCUUUCAAGUGGUUUCUUGUGCUCGCCAAAGUACAAUUUCAAAACUGACCAACACAAGCGUGAUGAAGACGCCAACGUCAAGAUUUUAGGAUGCAUGUGCUGGCGAGCUAGAUGUUAUGAAGAAAAGACUGACUAAUGUUAGAUAUAGUUCCUUGCACACAGUGCAGCAGACCAGAGGUGGAGAUGGUGGUUUAGUCAUCAAGGACACAACCCACAAUCAGCACACUUGAGAGGUUUGUUGUGUCCAAAGAAACAUCUCUGCAAGGACACAAAUGCUCAAACAUCUCUGUGCUCUCAGCUUUGAUAAUCAAUCAAACAGUGGAAUUACACUAAUUAUUACUAUAUAAAAUAAAAUGCAAAGCACAGGGAAGCAUUACACCACUGCUUAUCAAUGGUGUUAGACCCAGGGGUGCAGGGUGGAAGGCAUCCUCAUUAUUGAACUUAUUCUGCUCAUUCCACUGCACUUGGAUCAAAUCACCAAAGAGAGAGCUUGUCAGAUAGAUUUAAGUGAGGAAAGCUCUUUUCUGUCUUAAAGGAUGACGCAGGUAUUACUCUGUAGUUUUCUUAUUGUCAACAAAUCCAGAGACUAAGUCCAUGUCCCUACUGAAGCUGAUUUUUUUAAUGUGUAAAUAUAUAUAUAUUAGGGCUGGACCUGAAUAUUCGAAUAUUCGACCGUUGGGUACACAUUCGAUUUUCAAUUAUGAGAUUCGAUUAUUAAGGGUUUUUUUCGCGCACCUGACCGCCGACGACAGCAGUGAACGUAACACUCCAGUUCACAUCAAAGGGAAAACGAAAUGAAGCCCUCAGCUGUGUGUGAGCACUUUAAACUGAGUGAUGUCAGCAGUA